AGACUGGCCAAGGCAGACCUGUUACUCUUGCCUGAGUUAGGCAUUGUUUGCCAUGCCACUAAACCUGCCGUCAAGUGAAACCUUCAUGGGGGAAAUGAGAUCGAAGUCUGGCCCGCUGAAGAUGGACGCCCUGUCUCUGUUUUUAUUUUUUAUUUUGCUUUCCUUUCUUUUUUUUUUAUUUUGUCCCUUUUUUUGUUUUGUUUUUUGUUUUUGCUGAAUCUCUUUCACUUCUACUUGUGAACUGGUUCUUCAGUUCUGUAAAAAUGGUGUUUUAUAAAGGGUUCAUGAUGUUUCAUUUUAAAGUUGACUUUCUGAUGCUGUUUAUGAGGGUGGUGGAUGGUAUAGACACCAAGUGUUGAAUUAGGUCAGCUAAAUUCUCUGUUGUAAACUAGGGAUAAUCACUGCCUUAGAGAUAUGUUUAAGCAUCUUAAUUCAACUAUGACAGGCAGAUCAGUAUUUGAUGUCUGAAGACUAAAAUAGUGAUAAAGAUAUAUCAGCUCUCAGAUGUGUGUGUUCCUUCUUAGACCAUAUUUUCAAAAGUACUUCUCUGAAAAAGCCAGCUGAAACUUUCUUUCUUAUUACUUCCUUCUUAAGAAUCUACCUUUCCAAACAAAGUCGUGGCUCUUAAUCAGUCUCUUUCCCAUGAUCAGAAGCACAGUUUUAUUUUAAGCUGUAUAACCAGCUGUAUAACCAGCACUGCAUAAUUUGUAUUAAUUUUUAUUAUGAAGAAGUUAAGAUAUCUAUUUUGGAAUGACUCUUGAGAAAAUUCUGAACAUUCUAGAAUUUUUAUUCACUGUGGGUGAAAUUCUGACUCCAUUGAUGUUAACGAAGGUUUCAUCAUUGACUUCAGUGGGCUUGGGAUUUCAUGUAUUACUAUUGUUCAAGAAAAACCUUUACCACACGUUAGUGUAAAUGGAUUCUGAGGCUUUGAUGAGAGAGUGUUCUGUCAGAUAUGUUGUCUUUUAACAUUGCUAUAUGUGGGAAGAUGGAAACAACUUUUUGUUUUUGUUGUUUUUUUGUUGGGGAGGUGUUUGUUUUUUAACAUUUACACAUUAGAAUGGCAUUUUCAUUUAGAUGCAACAGAAAGGAAUUUUCUAAGAAAUGGUUUCAUCCAUAAGUUUGUAUUUCCCAGUGAUCAAAUAUAUUAGGAAAAUAAUUUAUUCUUCUAAUCUCCAAAUUAGAUAUGAGCAUAAAAUGUCUUUGAUUGAACAUACUUGUUCAUCACUGAAGCUGGUGUAUUUGUUUUUUUUUUAAUCAUCCAGCAGUUUAUAGUACAAAACACAAGGAUACUGAUCCCUUCUGAACACUUGCAUAAGGAUGGAAUCUUGUGACUAAUACACUAUAAUUUUACUGAUGUCAGGCCUAAUUGUCAUUUACACUAAGGCCACUUUACAUUGCUCUGGCAAGCCAUGUCUACACUACAGAGCCAGUGCUAUCAUAGUUAUGCUGGCAUAGCUCUUCAGUGCACUUGCAGAACACACUGAUAGGAGGAGUUUUCUCCAUGUGUGAGAGCGCCACCUCCCUGAACAACAUUCUAAUGAAAGCAUUUUUCUGUCAGCAUAGUUGUAUCUACACUGGGGCUUUUGACAGCAUACCUGUGUCGCUAGGGGAUGUGAAUUUUUCACACUUCUGACCCAUAUAGCUAUGCCAGUAUAAAUUUGAAAUGUAGAUCAAGCCGCUGAUCCACCAAAGUGUCCUAAAAUGGAUGUAAAAGUAAUUUACACUCCACUUAAGAGGUCUCUUUGUAAUGCUAGAACAGUGUGAAGGGGCCUUAUUGCAAAUGAGAAUCAGAUCUGUCAUUUAUUACUGAACACCCAAAGGUCAUUAAAACUAUUUUAAGGCACUAGCAUAAAGUGAAAUAAGUCAAGAAAUCGAUCUAUGACAUUGAAAUGAUACACUUUUUAAAUAAAUACAUAUAUUUGGGGAAAGCAUUUCAGUUCAACUUUUAAGGCUUGACUUCACCCAUCCCAUAGCAAUAUGCAUUAAGAAAAAGAUGCGAGCCUUAAACUUAAAUGUCUUAACAGAAGUCAGAUUGUGCAAUAGCCUAAAUGUUGUUUAUAUUUUUUCUGGGUUUGUAUUCCAUUUUUAUAAAAAAGAUUAAGAAAGGUAAUAAAAUAUGUAUUUACUCAAGAACAUAACAGGUUCCUUUGGAGCUCUUAAAUUGAUUUUCAAUGCUAAAUAAUCUGAUCAGCUUUUUACUAGAGUUCCGGUAGAGGGUGGGGGAAGAGGAAAACUUUUUUUUUCUUUUUUUUUGGUGGAAAAUUUCUGAAAUUUCUAAACUGUUUCCAUUUUUCAGGGUUUUAAAUUGAUUCAUUUUUGGGGACAGUUUCCACAGCAUUUUAUGAUGCAGCCUACACGAACGGUUGUCAUGUGUAACACAACUUUCGAUCACCGCGAAAACACCGCCCUGGGAAAGCGUCCAUGCUUGAUAUCGUUUGGUUCAUGAACAUUAAGUUUCCAGUACAGGUAAAAUCCCAGAUGAAGCCAAAGCCCUCUCUUUAUUGGCUCCUGCUCCUACUAUGACAAGCCUGAUGCCUGGUGCAGGGUUGCUUCCUAUACCCACACCAACUCCGCUGACUACUCUUAGUGUUUCACUUAGCACGUUGGGAGCUAUACCAGCAGCAGCACUGGACCCUAAUAUUACAGCACUUGGAGAAAUACCACAGCCACCAAUUAUGGGAAAUGUGGAUCCUUCCAAAAUUGAUGAAAUUAGGAGAACAGUCUACGUUGGAAAUCUGAAUUCUCAGACUACAACAGCAGAUCAGCUGCUUGAAUUUUUUAAACAAGUUGGAGAAGUGAAGUUUGUGCGAAUGGCAGGUGAUGAGACACAACCAACACGGUUUGCGUUUGUGGAAUUCGCAGACCAAAAUUCUGUACCUCGUGCUCUUGCCUUUAAUGGAGUUAUGUUUGGAGACAGGCCACUGAAAAUAAAUCACUCCAAUAAUGCAAUAGUGAAACCUCCUGAAAUGACUCCACAAGCUGCUGCCAAGGAGCUGGAAGAAGUGAUGAAGAGAGUAAGGGAAGCCCAGUCUUUCAUAUCGGCAGCUAUUGAGCCAGAGUCUGGAAAGGGCAGUGAAAGAAAAGGCGGUCGAUCUCGUUCCCAUUCUCGUUCAGAGUCCAGAUCUAGUUCAAAAUCCCGAUCUAGAAGGAAAAGAUCACACUCAAAACGCAGGAGUAGAUCACACAACAGAUCACUCUCUAGUCAGAAGGAUAGGCGUAGAUCCAAAAGUCCUCCCAAAAAACGUUCCAAGUCUAAGGAAAGGCCGAAGUCAAGAAGUCGUUCUUGUUCCCGGGACAAGAAAAAAGACAAAGAAAACAAAGAAAGGGUCAAGGAAAAAGAGAAGGUCAAAGAGAAGGACAAGGACCGAGACAGGGAGAAGGAGAGAGACAGAGAUAAAGAAAAAGAGAGGGAGCGGGACAGAGACAAAGAGAGAAACAGGGACAAGGAUAGGGAUAGAGAUAAAGAAAAAGACAGGGACAAGGACCGAGAGAGGGACAGAGACAAAGAAAAGGAGAGGAACAAAGACCGGGAGAGGGUCAAGGAUAGGGAGAAGGACAGGGACAAAGAGAAGGAGGUAGUCCGGGACAAGAAGGAGAUGGACCUGGAGAAAGAGGGGGACAGGGACAAGGAAAAGGAUCGGGAGAAGGUUAAGGAGAAGGACAGAGAGAAGAAGGAGGGUGACAAGGAGAAGGACAAAGAUAAGGAAGGGGACAAAGACAAGGAGCGGGAAAGAGAAAAAGAGAGGUCCAAAGAGAGCGAUGAUAAAAAGAAGAAAGAGAAGAGAUCCAGAACACCGCCCAGAAGCUACAGUUCUCUAAGAAGAUCUCGUAGUUCUAGCAGAGAAAGGCGUAAGAGGAAGAGUAGAAGUCCUUCCAAGUCUCCAAAAACAUCCAGAACAUCAAAGAGAAAGUCCUCUCGGUCUCCAUCACCAAGGAGAAAUAAGAAGGACAAAAAGAGAGAGAGAGAAAGGGAUUCAAAUAAUGAAAGAAAAGAGAGAGAGCAAUCCACAUCCAAGAAAAAAAGUAGCAAAGAAAAAGAUGGGAAAGAGAAGUCUGACAAAACCACUACUACACUGAAGGACAAAGAUCACACUAAAGAGGAUCCAAAUUCAGAAAUUAACAAGGCAGGAGACAACAAAGAUACACAAAGGACAGAUGAAGUCAGACUACAACAGAAUGGGAACUGUCAACCAAAUGAAGAAAACCUCCCAGUUAAAAUGGAAGAGGUAUAAAGUAACGAAUGGACCUCUGACUCAACUGUGGGAUGAAUCCAAAGCUUUUUAUUUCCCUGAAAGAGGAAGAAAACAUCAAAGCAAUCUACUGAGCAGGAUGAUAUGUACUAGUAGCUCUUCCAAUCCUUGUGAUAGCUUUGUUCUCUUCUUGCUAGAAAGCAAGAAAGACCAUGGACCAGUAAUAUAUGCCAUGAUAAAGGCAAAUGUCAUCAGAACUAUUCAUCUGUGAGAAUCCAUGCAUUUCCAUGAUGGCUGUACUUAUUUGUAAAAUGAUUUAUGUUAACUUUUGCCAAGAACUGUUUCAAAUAAGUGGAAAUUGAAAGAUGUAGACCUGUAUAAGCUGAAGGUAUGCAUUGGAAGUUGUUAAAAUAUUUCUGGUUAAUGAA